CUUUUACUAGUCCGUUUGUCAGUUCCGGACUCGCGCCUCUUGGCGCUACUUUUCCCUUUCCUCUUCCACCUUCAUGAUCAUCAGAGCCGCCCGCAAUGCCUUCACGACUCCUCUCUCCAGCCAGCCCUUCCGCUUCCAAGGCUGUCUCAUUGCUAAACAAGAAUCUCUUCGUCGUCGUACGACCCGGCGAAACUUGUCGACCCAUGCGCCUCAUCCUACGAUCCCCGCGUCAACGGACGACAAAGCGCUGGUGACGCUCUUUGACAAUCCCCGAGAUGGCUUCAAACUGUCACCCUUUUCAAGGACGGGACUCUUCGGACAUCCUUCCUUGGCUCAACCGCGGGGAUUGAUAUCACUCGCCAAUGCUACUUAUAUACGGGCCCAGGUGCUUACCAACCGUAUUUUACGGGCGCGGGAAUCGAGAGACGAGAUGUUCAAGGUGGUAAAGAAUCUUGAUCGGCUGAGUGAUAUGCUUUGUGGCGUCAUAGAUCUUGCAGAGCUUGUUAGGAAUGCACAUCCUGACAGGGCAUGGGUGGAUGCGGCAAAUACGGCGUACGAGACGUUGUGCGAGUUCAUGAAUGUACUGAAUACUCAUGUCGGUCUUUACCAAGUACUAAAGUCUGUUCUCUCUGAUCCUGACAUCGUCAAGUCACUCUCCCCAGAGGCACAUAAAACCGCUCUCAUAUUCUGGCAUGACUUCGAGCAAUCUGCCAUCAACCUCCCACCGGACCAACGAGAUAAAUUCGUCUCAUUAUCCACAGAAAUUCUAGUCCUCGGCCGACAAUUCUUGAAAGAUGUGACAGCCCUUCGACCACCUGCAGCCAUUAAGCCCUCAGAGCUUGCGGGUUUGAAGGAUCAGGGAAUGGGAGUCAGAUUACAGCUUCAAGCUCGGUUUACUCAGCGUGAUCUCAUGGUAUAUCCUGGCUCAUUGCAGGCGCAGAUGAUCAUGCGCUCUGCACCAGCUGAGGAGCCCCGUCGACGCGUAUAUAUUGCAGCUAACUCCAGUACACCCGAGCAAAUCUCUGUCUUAGAAAGAUUGCUCCGUACACGGGCGGAGCUCGCGCGCCUUGUGGGACGCGAAAGCUUUGCCCAUCUUUCCCUCGACAACAAGAUGGCUAAAACGCCUGAUCAUGUCCGUUAUUUCCUCGAUGCACUCAUGGAUCACACAAGGCCGUACGCUCGAUCUGCGUUACGGGCCCUUAGUCUGCGAAAGCAGAAACACCUUAAUACAUCUCCCUUCCCUAUCAUUCAGGCAUGGGACCGGGACUUCUAUUGUCCUCCUGAACCUCCAGCACCACCAAUGACACUUCCUCCCCUCACUGUUGGCACAGUAUUUAUGGGCCUCUCCCGAUUAUUCCGUCAUUUAUAUGGCAUUAGCCUUCGUCCAGCGGAAACUGCUACAGGAGAAGUAUGGCACCCGGACGUACACAAACUAGAGGUUAUUGACGAGGAGAAGGGGAUCAUUGGAUGGAUUUAUGCAGAUCUAUUUGCAAGGCGUGGCAAGGCAAGCGGAGCAGCUCAUUAUACGGUGAGAUGUUCUCGACGCACCGACGAUGACGACGAAGCAAACGAUCAGAUGCCAGAAGGGGCGGCAUAUGAUGUCCGGGAAUCGAUGGAAUUUGAAGCGAUAAAGAGGCAUCGAUUGCCUGGUCAAGACGGGGUAUAUCAGCUCCCGUUGGUCGUGCUACUCUGUGAAUUUACGAGACCGACAAUUUCUCGCGGUCCCACGGAAUUGGAAUGGCAGGAUGUCAAAACUCUCUUCCACGAGAUGGGACAUGCCAUGCACUCCAUGAUUGGACGCACCGAAUACCAGAACGUAUCUGGGACACGCUGUGCCACUGAUUUCGUCGAAUUACCUUCCAUUCUCAUGGAACAUUUCCUCUACUCGGCUGACGUCCUCUCCCUCUUCGAUGUCUCUGCUACAUCCAACAUUCGCCAAUCAAUCAAUCACCACGAAGAUCCUUGCCACGCCAUCGAUACAUACUCCCAAAUACUUCUCGCAGCACUUGAUCAGACGUAUCAUUCCCCUGUCGCGCUUGACCCCUCCUUCGAUUCCACCCAAGCCUACGCCAAUUUGCACAAUACACGAGGACUCAUCCCCUACGUACCGGGAACAUCAUUCCAAACACAGUUUGGGCAUCUCUUUAGCUACGGUGCAACGUAUUACUCGUACUUGUUCGAUCGCGCAAUCGCUUCGCGAGUUUGGCGGAACGUAUUCUCAGCAAAUCCACUGAAGAGAGAAUUAGGGGAGAAGUUUAAGGAUGAUGUAUUGCGGUACGGAGGAGGGAGAGAUCCGUGGAAGAUGGUUGCCGAUAUUCUUAGCAAACCAGAGUUGGAAAGUGGAGAUGCAGAGGCGAUGAGAGAGGUAGGGCAGUGGAGAAUUGAGGAUGAGGUCGGGUCGUUUGAUAGGCACUAAAAUAAUCAGACAAUGCUGUAGAAUAGACGAUCAACCAUACGAUUUGAAAAUUAGAUGAAGGA